AUGAGCAGUCUCGGCCACAGGGAGAGCAUCAGCGUGCUCUACAACCGGAAGCUGGGAGCCGGGUUUGGAAUCCUGUUCACAUACAGGCACGGCCUGAACUACCGGUUCCCCAGGGGCUCCUACCCCAAGCAUCGCAGACUUUUCAGCAUUUUCAGGCCAUUUAGCCUCUCCCAGGACCUCGUUCAGGUCGACACUGACAAGGGUUGGGGGUGUGUAGUCCGGUCCACACAGAUGGCGCUGGCACAGGCGCUGAUCAACCUGAUCAUCGGGCCCGAGUUCAGCAUGGAAGACCUGCUGGUCAACAACAAGAGCCCUAGAACUGGGCAUUUGGACGCGAAGCUGCUCAGUUUGGACGGGCUGCAGCAGCUGCUGACCGAGGAGUCCCACGCCGACGAGCUCACGAAACUCUCCAUAAUUCUAUCGCAGUUUUACGACGACAAGAGCUCUCUGUUUUCCCUAUACAAUUUCAUAGUAGCAGACCUGGUUCUGAAGACGUGUACGAAGUUUUUGUCCUUCGGGCCCACCAGCACCGCCGUGUGUAUCUCCAAGGUGAUAAAUGACGCGAACAUCGCCAUCAGCUCAAUUUCGUUCCCCGAUGGCGUUUUUUACAUAAAUAAGGUAAAGGAUCUCUUUGAGAAGAACAAGUACUUGCUCGUGUGGGUGUCUAUGAAGAAGAAGUUGGAUAAAUACGAGAAGGAAACGGUGAGAUCGCUCUUUAAGCUGAAGCAGUUCAACGGAAUAGUGGGAGGGAACUUGCUACACAGAUCGUAUUACAUAUUCGGAACGAGCUCAAAGCGACUCUACUACAACGACCCACACCUGUAUUGCAAAAAGGCGUUCACUGAUCUUAAGUAUCUGGACAUAAUCAAGGAAUUUAUGAACAAGAGAGUGAAGAGCAUGAACUGGAGGUACCUCAAUGCGUCUCUAACAAUGCUCUUCUCGUUUAAGGGUAAACAAGAUUUUAAGGAUUUUCUCGCCAACACAUUUGAAACCCAACCGACGAUAGAAUCAUUUCCAUUCGAAUUUGUCACGGAUCGAGAUUUAACGUUCAACUAA